UAUGAUCAAGUUAGCCAGUUAGCUUAUCGUUGUUGAGUUGCUGUCAGCUUUGUCGGGGGCUUACUGAUAAAUUAUUGAUCUUUACAAGGUUUGUGUACAUAGACUUACUUGUUUGUAUUCAGAUUUCGUUUUAAAAUGGGGAAACUAAGGAAGAAGCACAACUGGAAAGGAAGACAGCAAAGUGAUCCUCAACAACCAGCAAAUGAAGAGAAACAAGAAGUUGUGGUGGAACUGCAAGAUGGUGCCAGACUGAAAGGUGUAGACGACAGCAACGCCUUGGUUCUCCCAGCCAGCAAAGCCAAAAAGAAGAAUAACUCUUCACAAAAGCCCGUUUCCACCAAAAAACCCCUUACAAAGAAACAGAGGAAAGAGCUGCAGAAGGUUCUGGAGCGCAAGGAGAAGAAAGCUCAGAGAGCAGACAUCCUAACUAAACUAGCUCAGGUGCAGCUUCCAGAGUCCGAACUGAAGCUUCUGUACACAACUUCAAAACUGGGAACAGGAGAUAAGCUUUACCAGAAUAAAGAGUCACCGGAUCAAGUAAAAGAGGGAGAGUCUGGUCCAAAAAUCAGCAGUGUCAGUGGUGCAAACAGGAAGAGAAAAUGGAAAGAUGAGGAGGAAGAUGAAGAAGAACAAAAAGCAGAAGAAAGUAGUGAUCUGGACAUAUCUGAGGAAGAAGAGGAGGAGGAUGAAGUGAAUAACAUCACUGAGAUGGUUGAAUCUAAGGAAGCUAAGCUUCCCUGUCAGGACACAAAGACUGCACAGGAAGUGAAGCCAGAGCAGAAGGAUGCACUGCAAGAAGAAAAGAAAGAGAAAGUUUCUGAUCACGAGAAAAUCCAGAACAAGAAGCUUUCAGAGCCGGCUGUCUUUAUUCCUGUUAACAGGUCUCCAAAAAUACAGGAGGCUCGUCUGAAGCUGCCUGUGCUGGCAGAGGAGCAGGUCAUCAUGGAAGCAGUGAAAGAAAAUCCUUGUGUCGUCAUCUGUGGAGAGACGGGGAGUGGAAAGACCACACAAGUGCCUCAGUUUCUGUAUGAAGCGGGCUACGCCAGUUGCAGUGGGAUUAUUGGUAUCACAGAGCCGAGGAGAGUAGCCGCUGUCAGCAUGUCUCAUAGAGUGGCCAAAGAGAUGAAUCUGCCCACACGGGUGGUGUCGUACCAAAUUCGUUAUGAAGGAAACGUGACGAGUGACACAAAGAUCAAGUUCAUGACAGAUGGUGUUCUGCUGAAGGAAAUUCAGAAGGAUUUUCUGCUUCAGAAAUAUAGCGUGAUAAUUAUAGAUGAAGCACACGAAAGGAGUGUCUACACAGACAUCCUGAUUGGAUUAUUGUCCCGCAUCGUCCCGCUCAGAAACAAGAAAGACAUGCCCAUGAAGCUGCUGAUCAUGUCAGCUACUCUGCGAGUAGAGGACUUUACUGACAACCAAAAGCUCUUUCGAACGCCUCCACCUGUCAUCAAGGUGGAUGCUCGUCAGUUCCCAGUUACCAUCCAUUUUAACAAACGCACCCCACUGGAGGAUUACACCGGAGAGGCCUUUCACAAGACCUGCAAAAUCCACCGAAUGCUGCCUCCAGGUGGUAUCCUGGUGUUUUUGACUGGCCAAGCUGAAGUUCACAGUCUCUGUAGAAGACUCAGAAAAGCUUUUCCCUUCAGGAAGAGUAACAGAGCCGUUGGUGAAGAUGAGGAAGCCGAUACUUCAGAAGCUAUGAGAAAAUUUAAGAAAGCCAAGCAGAGGAAGAUUGUUUCUCUUCCCCGAAUCGACUUGGAUAACUAUUCUGCAUUCCCAGUGGAUGAGGGGGACGAGGACAGGGAGGCAGGGAUUGGUGAUGAGGAGGAUGGCGGCUCAGACCUCGACCUGGGAGAUGAUCCCACUGAGACAGAGGAGAAAGCCGACCCAUCCAUUCCUCUCUAUGUUCUGCCGCUUUACUCUCUGUUGGCCCCUGAGCAGCAAGCUAAGGUGUUCAGGCCUCCUCCACCUGGUACUCGUCUUUGUGUUGUAGCAACCAAUGUGGCAGAGACAUCUUUGACGAUUCCAGGCAUCAAAUAUGUGGUCGACUGCGGUCGAGUUAAGAAACGUUUCUAUGACAGAGUGACCGGAGUGUCGUCCUUCAAAGUCACAUGGACCUCACAGGCUUCAGCCAAUCAGAGGGCAGGUAGAGCAGGACGAACAGAGCCAGGACACUGCUACAGAUUAUACUCCUCUGCUGUGUUUGGAGACUUCAGUCAGUUCUCCGAGGCAGAAAUCACCCGCAGACCUGUUGAGGACCUGGUUUUACAGAUGAAGGACCUCAAUAUAGACAAGGUGAUCAAUUUCCCUUUUCCCACUCCUCCAUCCACUGAAGCUCUUGUCGCAGCAGAGGAGUUAUUGAUCUCACUGGGAGCUCUGGAAGAGCCACCCCACUCUGCAAGCGUAAAAGAGAUGCAGCGAGCAAGGUUGAGCUGUCCCAUCACUCCCCUGGGCAGAGCGAUGGCAUCGUUUCCUGUGGCGCCACGAUAUGCAAAAAUUUUGGCACUCGGGAAGCAGCAAGAUUGCCUGCCAUACGUCAUCGCUGUGGUAGCAGCCAUGACGGUCCGGGAGAUUUUUGAGGAUUUUGACAGACCUGCAUGUAGUGAAGAUGAAAACUCUAAGCUGACCCAGCGCCGGGCUCGGCUGACCCAAAUGAGGAGGUUGUGGGCUGGGCAAGGAGCUUCACUCCAGCUGGGAGACCUCAUGGUCAUGCUGGGUGCUGUUGGUGCUUGUGAAUUUGCUGGCUGCACUCCCAAGUUUUGUGAAGACAAUGGACUGAGGUACAAAGCCAUGGUGGAAAUCAGGAAGCUCAGGGGUCAACUUACCAAUGCAGUGAAUGCAGUGUGUCCAGAGGUGGGAAUAUUUGUGGAUCCAAAGAUGACUCCACCCACAGAACACCAGGUGGUUUGCUUGCGGCAAAUUGUUCUGGCUGGACUCGGAGAUCAUCUUGCGAGGCGUGUCCAGGCAGAAGACUUAUUGGACCCAAAAUGGAAGAAUGGAUACAAGACCCCUCUUAUGGAUGACCCGGUAUUUAUUCAUCCCAACUCUGCACUGUUCAAAACGCUGCCAAACUUUGUCAUCUACCAGGAGAUCAUGGAGACAUCCAAAAUGUACAUGAGAGGUGUUUCAGCAGUAGAAGCAGAGUGGGUCCCGCAGCUGCUGCCUCAGUACUGUCACUUUGGCCCUCCACAGGAGUCGCCAUCGCCAUGGUUCUGUUCCUCCUCUGGCACCAUCAGAUGUAAACGCUCAGGCACCUUCUUCCGUGUUGGGUGGCAGCUGCCUGCGGUGGAGAUGGAGUAUCCUGAAGGCUUGGAGCGUUACAAGCUGUUUGCCAAGUUUUUUCUUGAGGGACAGGUUUGUCCCAAACUAAAAAAACACAGCAGCCAUCUUCUCUCAAACUCCUCCAUCAUGAUGAAAACAUGGGCCAAGUUGCAGCCAAGGACGGAGGCUUUACUGACACCACUUGUGACAAGGAAAGUUGACAGCAGAGAGGCACUCCUCUCUGUCUGGCGGGCAGAAGAUAAAUUUUUGCUGUCUGCUUACUGCCAGUGGUUACCGGAGGCCAUGCACCAGGAAAUUGCCAAAAUCUGGCCUCCUAUAUAGAGGCAAGGAUCAGAACAACAAAAAGUAAAACAGCAAACUUCUGACCUGAGACAGUGACAUAAGCAGAGCCCACAUCCCUCUACAAAGGACUCCAUCUGAGUGUUUUUUAAACUACAAUACCACCACACAGGCUUUUUUCAGUUUUGUGUUUUAUACAUUGUACUUGUGAUUUAUAAAUGUGUUUUCAAGCAGAACAUUUCAACUAGUGCUCUGUAAUGACUUUUUAUCUGUGUACUGCUGUCAUUUAUGUGUAUCUGAUCUGGUCUUCAUAAGACUUAUAAAAACGGAUGCUCUGAGUGAGACUGGCGUGGGAUUAAGUCAUGCUUUCUGUUGGCUGAUUUACAAAGAUUAAAAAGCAGCAAAACAAUGUUAAAACAUAAAUUUAUACAGUUUGGUCCUGGCAAUGUCAUGUCAGCAUUUGAAUGGAGAUACAAAUGAUCAUAUCCUUAAAAGGAAAUGUCCCACUGUAUUUGCAGUGUUGCACCAAAAUCAGAGGACUGCAAAACUGAUAUCCAAAUCUAGAGCAUGCACAUUUAAUUUCCAGAUGAUUUCAAAAAGUUUUCAAUACUCUUGAUUUCACUAGUAUACCCAAGUCCAAAUAAAAGCCAGGUUGACAGAGAAUGUGUGAUGAAUUAUUACAGGUACACUGCCAAGAGAAAAUGCAUUAGAUUGUAAAUUAAGCUUAACCUUUAGAAAGAAUUAUUUGUAAAAAAAAAAAAAAAAAAAAUCUCUGAAAUAUAUUCUCUGGGUUUUCAAAGUAUCAUUUU